CUGCAGCUUCCGUAGACAAGCGGCGGUUGUUGGUGGUGUUUUGUCGGACGGCUCAGUUGUUAGGAGCUGCCCGCACUUCAUUUUUGUUUUAAAUCGGGCUUAAGAACAGAUGAUGAGCCUUUUCAGCCGAACUGGUCAUAACGAGCGCAACAUGGGCAAGAAGCCGAAUUCAAAGGGAAAGAAGGAUGACCAGGAAGAACCUGAAGAAUUUGUUGUGGAGAAAGUGCUCGAUCAGCGUAUUGUAAAAGGGAAAGUAGAAUUCUUCCUGAAAUGGAAAGGAUUUACAGAUGCUGAUAACACCUGGGAGCCAGAGGAGAAUUUGGAUUGCCCAGAGCUGAUUUCAGCGUUUCUGGAAGCUCAGAAGAACAUAACGGAGAAGCCUGCUCCCGUCAAGAGGAAGGCCUCGUCAGACGACGCAGGCCCCGAAGCCAAGAAGAAAGAGGAAAGUGCGAAGCCCCGCGGCUUUGCUCGGAACCUUGAUCCUGAGAGAAUCAUCGGGGCAACAGACAGCAGCGGCGAGUUGAUGUUCUUGAUGAAAUGGAAAGGCUCGGAUGAAGCAGAUUUAGUUCCAUCCCGUGAGGCGAACACCCGCUGCCCUCAGGUGGUGAUUUCCUUCUACGAGGAGAGAUUGACGUGGCAUUCGUGUGCAGAGGAUGAAGCUCAGUAGUACUUGGUGAUGUUCCGCUGCAGUUCUUUGCACUGCCGCUGUCCUUUUUCUCAGGG